AUGUCCGAAAACAUCAUCGGAGCUCCGAACGACCACGAUGUCGGCACCAAGGAACAAGACCGGUUGCUCCCCAUAGCCAACGUGGGUCGAAUAAUGAAGCAAAUCGUUCCCCAGAACGCCAAAAUCUCGAAAGAAGCGAAGGAAACCAUGCAAGAAUGCGUGUCGGAGUUCAUUGGCUUCGUCACCAGCGAAGCCUCCCAGAAAUGCAGAAAAGAGCGGCGAAAGACCGUCAACGGCGACGAUAUUUGCUGGACCUUGGCGGCGCUAGGCUUCGACGACUAUGAAGUGCCGUUGAAAUGGUACUUGCGUAAGUUUAGAGAGCUCGAAGGCGAGAAAGCGGCAGCGAAUCAGACGAAAGAUAAAGAAGACGACGAACGAUAUCCAUUGAAGUUCAGCUUCACUGGUAGCAGUAGUAAAGAUUCUAACUUUAGGCCUCUUGAUUGA